AUGGAGGCCACAAAGAAAUUAGGAACAGAAAAUGUUGUAGCAUCUGAAAACCAAUUGGAAAUACCCUUAUUAGAAGAUGAACAAAUUGUUGAAAAACAAAAGAAAACACCAGCACAAAAGGUCAUUAGAAAAACAUUCAAGAAAACAGCCAUUUUAGCCAAUCUUUUACCCUCAGGUUCUGUUCUUGCAUUCCAAAUUCUGUCACCAGUUAUAACACAUGAAGGCCAAUGUCACUCCUCGAUUAGCCAUUCUAUGACAUUAGGCCUUUUAGUCUUUUGUGCAAUCUCUUGUUUUUUCCUUAAUUUUACAGACAGUUUUCGCGACGAAAGAGGGAAAGUUCGUUAUGGAUUGGCCACAUUCAGAGGUUUAUGGAUUAUUGAUGGUUCGAAUAUUACCAUUCCUCCUGAGGAAGCAACAAAGUAUAAGUUGAAAUUUUUGGAUGUGUUUCAUGCCUUAUUAUCUAUACUUGUUUUUGGCGCUGUCGCGGCGUUUGAUCAAAAUGUGAUCAAAUGUUUGUAUCCUUCUCCAUCACCAGAAACUCAAGAGAUUCUCGCAAUUCUGCCUAUGGCUGUUGGCGUAAUUUGCACAUUGCUGUUUGUUGCAUUCCCUACAACUCGCCAUGGAAUUGGCUUCCCUCUUUCACGUCGUUAGGAAUACUCAAUUUCUUUUCUCUUAAUUCAAUUUAAUUCUUCUUAAAGAUUGAUGUACAUGGGCCUAAUCAGUGGCGG